GGCUUCGAGGCGCACCCCCCCGCAGCCGUUUUGGCUCGGGGGCAGGCGGCGAUGGCAGGCCCCUAGGCAGGAGGGGGGCGCCGCCUUCCCCCCCCGGGACCCCGCGCCAUGUCCUGCUGCGACAUCCUGUCCGGGCCCGUCUCCAGCGCGGCCCUCUUCCUCGCGAGCCUGCUCCUGUUCCUGCUCCAGCACGGGGGCCUCCCGGGGGGAUCGGCGGAGGCGCCCCCACGGUCGCAGGAGCAGGUCCUGCUCGACCUCUCCAAGGUCGCGCUCGGGGCGGUGUGGGCCGGCGCCAUGACGUCCGCAUGCUGCGCCUCGAUGCUGGGCUCCAUCGAGCCAGCGGGGGACGAGUGCGGGUGGUACGCGGUGGAGAUCAUGCUGGACACGUCCCUCGGCAUGUACGCCUCGCUGUGGAUCCUGCGCAUCGCCGUGUGGUUGAUCAAGAAAGUGAUUUCGGAGCGGAAGGCGCAGCAGGUCUGCGCCGGCAAGUACCGCAGCAAGACCGGGGCCUUCGUGAAGGUGGUGUACGCGCAGCAGGUGAUGCUGUGGGUCUUGGUCAUCUCCGUCUCCAAGCUCGGCGUGGCCGCCCUUGUCCUGUCGCAGGCCUUCCAGCUGCAGGUCUUGGCCCGCUUCUUCCUCGCGCGGGCCUUCGGCGUGCCCGUGCUCGGCUACCUCCUGAUGGCGGCGUUCCGGGUGCUCAUGCAGGCCGUGCAGUUCUGGCUCGCCGAGCGGAUCUUCGUCCGAGCCAGGGCCUUCGCCGAGGGGGACCCGUUCGACCUCGAGGCGGGAGCCUCUGGGAGCCUGUUUGCCUUCGAGGACGGCGGCUACGUGCCCCCGGAGGCCCCGAAGGUGGACCUGGAGGCGGCGCUGGCGGCGCCAGACGGCCCGCGCGGAGCAGCGGUGCCGAGGGAUCCGCUCGGCGAGCUGAUCUCGAGGCUGGAGGCGGACCCAGGCUACCUGGAGGAGGCGCUGCAGGGGCUGCUGCCGGAGCCUCAUCCAGGCAAUGAGCUACCUUCUUGGGGGGAUUUCGCCAGGGACGUCGGCAGCGAGGGCUUCGCUGACUCGUGCCAGAUCUGCUUCCUGCAGGGAUGGGAGGACGAGAGCAACGACGCCGUCGACCCCGUCGGCCUGUUCCCAGCCGUUCGGGAGCUGAUGCAGUCCAAGGAGCUCGCGGUGACGCUCCCGCAGUACUCAGCCCUUUUUGGCUUCUUCGACCGCGACGGGGUUGGAUCGGUCUCGCAGACCACAUUCCCAGACUUCGUCCGCUACGUGGCGGUUAUGGCCUACCUCGGCGCCUGCCGGGAGAGCGGGAGCGGCAGGCCCGUGGACGACGCAGGCGCCGAGGAUGCGGAGGAGCAGCCCUGCGAGGAGGAGGUCCAGAGGCGCCUCGACGAGACCCGCGCGGAGCUGGAAGCGUUGGGGGCCUCGGCGCUGGAGCCGGACGCGACCGGCGCCGGAGGCAUCGAUGAGGAGCGCCUGAAGGUGCAGAUGGACGAGGAGUUGCUUGCCAGGAAGCGCCAGGAGCUGGAGGAGCUCCGCGCCAGGGCGCGGGCCGAGGAGGACGCGCUCGUGGCCGCGCAGCGGCCGAGCGGCCGAGGCGAGGUCCGGCACUACGAGCAGGACCGGGCCGGCGCCCCGGGGCCGCAGCGCAAGAAGGGCUGCCUCCCGGCGUGCGGCAGGAAGCAGUGAGGCCGCGCUGUGGGCGCCCGCCCCCCCCCCGUCCAGCCCGGGGGGGGGCCGUGAGGGGGGCGGAUUGCAAGGGCGGACUCCUCAGGGUACAGCCCACCAGACCUGGAGCGUGGCCCUAGGCCGCGGGCUUUGGCGGCAUCGGCCGAACGGGCCGCACCCGCCUCCGUCAGCCGCGGCGGUCUCAUUUGCGCAGGGCGGCGCCGGAGGCCAUCUCAGAUCGCGGGCGCAGCCUGCCGGGAUCGUUUUACAGCAUGCUGCAGCGGUCGCGCGUAACAAAACAAAAAGUUCGAGGCGGCCCCGGCCGUGGCGACGAGGGGCCCCCCAGGAGGCGCUUGAAGAAGCGGUCGCCGUCCUCGCCGCCGUCUUCGCCGUUGCCGCCGUGUGUCCUGGUCGUC